UCAGAAACAAAGACAACUGAUGCGUCAGGUCAUUUCCUUGUCAAACUCAAAGAAGAGCCAAAGAAGAGAAAUUCAAGUCUGAAUCAACUUCAGAGAAGAAGAAGAAGAAGAAAAAAGGAGAAUGAGGAAGACAUUCGUAUGUGAUGAAUCGAUGAUCAUCACCAUUCCAAUUGGAAGUCUCAGGGAUCUCCGAGAUGGUCAGCUGAUGCCAGAGAAAUUCCACUGCGUCUUCAGAGACUCCUACAAGGUCUUUGUUAUUAAGGGGAAACCUACACCUAUGGGAGCAGCUCAAGCCAUCGCUGGUGUGUUUCUUUUCACGCUUGGACUGGUUCAAAAAAACAGUCCAUACGUGUUCAUCUACACUCUACCGAGUAUUCUGUUUGUGGUCUGUGGUAUGCUGUCCUUUGCUGCAGGAAAAUUUCCAAACAUGCAUGUGACCAAGCUGUCGUUCUCUCUGAACAUUAUCAGCUUCUUCUGGUCAGUUGCAGCAUUUUCUCUCGCCUUGGUCCUCUUUCCUCAUCCUCCCAGUGUCAAGGUGGCUCAAGGAAUCAGCGUGCUGAUAAUGACCCUGCUGGUUGUUGAAAAUUUGAUAGCCAUAUUCUUGAUCUACUGGUUGAGCAAAGCUGUGUGCAGAGAACAUUUCAACACUUUGCCCACCGUACUGCUGAAACAGGGAGACUGAAUUUUAGUGACAGAUGGAAACCCGCGAACGACCUACAUUUAACUUUCCUGUCAGUGUCAUAUGCUCCUCAGCAUGCAACAAACAACGACUGUGAAAGCCUAUAUUUGUCAUGCACUGCUGCUCAAGUAUAAGUUGUAUGUAUUAUUUUUCUUUUUGAACAGUCACAAGUUGCAUUCCAUGUUUAUUUCUGGAUCACAUGAAAGCAGCGGCCACAUCUGUAUUCAGUAAAAAAAGAAAAAAAUGUGUUUGUAAGCGGUCUUUGAUUUUUGCAAAAAGGUAAACGUGCAGUAGUUUGUUUGUUUGUUUUUUUUAAUGGGAUGCAAACUAUAAUUCUGAACAUUAAUAAUUUUUUAACAAGAAUAUUCAUGGAGAAACAUAAUACAGGUGUGAGCUCGGUGCCGCUGGACUCCAGUGCUUGUCAUCGACUCUUAGUUUGAUUUUAUGUCUCCGACUUUUACAAUAACACAGAGACUUUUGCUCCCCGGAUCCUCGAGCAGUCAAGCUGACAGAAUUCCUCAAACUUUCCUGAAAUUUAAACUUUCAAAAAAUGUCAAUAUUCGUAUUUUUAACCAUUUGUAAACACCUAUUUAACUGCUUGCUGUUUAAUGCAUUUUAGCAUUAUAUGUUUUUUAUGGUGUUUGUGAAUCAGCACAUAGUUAUAUUUUUAAAUAAACAGUUCUCUGUGUGUUUUGCUCUGUCGUAGCCUGUGUAAAUGUAAUACUACCCCGAUACAACAUGCACAAAUGAAUCCGAGAAGCAAGGGUUAUUUCAUGUUUGCUACAAAGUAGAAAAUAAGUGAAGCACGCAAUGCAGUCUGUAAGAUGUAAUAGUUUUGAUGGGAACAAAUAAUUUAUAUAUGUAAAUAUAGAUAAUUAUAAUAACUGAUUAUUGAUAACAAUUUAAAGAUAUAUAGUGUAUAACAAAACAUAAAGUAGGAACAAGUCAUUUGGAUAUAUUGUGUGUAAAGAACUUUUUAUUGUUCUGCGCGUUCCUAAAAUCUUGUUAAAAUCAGCUGCCUUUGUAGCUCACUGCCUUUUCUGCUCUUUAUGAAAAAUGACACAGACACUCAUCAGUAGGAUAAAGCAACUGAGCAGAUUUAUUUACUUUUAAGGUGUUUGUACUUUCAUCAAGUAUUCAGCAACUGUUGAUCUUUAGGACCGCAGAUGGAGGGGCGCUUUUUGUUAUUUUGUGCAGAUAGUGUGAACGUUUCGAGAGGAAGUCUUUCUUUUUUCGCUUUCUCUUCACUGUAAAGCACUUUGGUUUUAAAUGUGCUAUAUAAAUAAAAUUUUGUGUGUUACUUGA